CUUUCUCAAAAUAACUUAGAUGGCAGAAUACCUCAACAAUUACUUAUUGGUCUCCUCUCUUUAUCAAUUUCUUUAAACUUGUCAACAAACCACUUUACUGGUUCCCUUCCCGUUGAGAUUGGAAAGUUGAAGAAUCUAGCUGCACUCGACGUUUCUUACAACAUGUUAUCAGCACAACUUCCUAGUAGCCUCGGUAGUUGUGAGAGUUUGGAAGUCCUACACUUACAAGGUAACUUUUUGGAAGGGCUCAUUCCUUCAUCUAUGAAGGAAUUGAGAGGGAUUCGAGAUUUAGACCUUUCACUCAAUAAUUUGUCAGGAGAUAUUCCACAGUUUUUCGAGCAAAUUGGAAACCUGGAGAAUCUAAACCUAUCCUUUAAUCAGUUUUGGGGAGCAGUACCAACAGACGGUGUUUUUAGGAAUGCAAGUGCGACUUCAGUUGCUGGAAACACAAGACUCUGCGGCGGUAUUGCUAAUCUUCGACUUCCUGUAUGCAAGCUUCAAGAAUCUAAAGGAAGAGAAUUGUCUCUUAGAAUGAAACUAGUGAUCUCAUUAGUUUCCGGGCUCACAUUGUUGGGACUGACUGUGGUGCUUGCUCUUUUCCUUCUUCGUAAGAAAGGGAAAGAAACUGAAGUAAGCACUGUUGAGAACUCCAUCUUACAAGUUUCAUAUGCUACUCUUCUAAAAGCUACUGACGGGUUCACUUCAGCUAAUUUGAUUGGUGUGGGCGCUUUUGGGUCUGUUUACAAAGGAAUUCUUGGGGAUGAUAGAGUUGUUGUCGCUGUGAAGGUGCUUAACAUGUUACACCGGGGAGCAUCUAAGAGUUUCAUUGCCGAAUGUGAGGCAUUGAGAAAUAUCAGGCAUCGGAAUCUGGUCAAGAUCUUAACUGCAUGUUCAAGUAUUGAUUUCAGUGGUAAUGAUUUCAAGGCUCUUGUUUAUGAGUUCAUGGAGAACGGUAGCUUAGAGGAUUGGUUGCAUCCAUCCCCUGGAAAUGAAGAGCUGAUAGAAGCCCCCAAAAGUUUAAGUCUUGUUCAGAGGCUCGACAUUGCCAUUCAUAUUGCUUGUGCACUGGAUUAUCUUCACAAUCAUUGUGAAACAGCGAUAGUUCAUUGUGAUCUCAAGCCAAGUAAUGUUCUUUUGGACAAAGAUUUGACUGGACAUGUUUCUGACUUUGGACUGGCAAGGUUUCUCUCGGAACCAACCAGUGUUUCUAGAAAUCAAUCAAGCUCCAUUGGAAUCAGAGGAUCAAUUGGUUAUGCUGCUCCAGAGUAUGGUAUGGGAAGUGAAGUUUCAACAUAUGGGGAUGUCUACAGCUUUGGCAUUCUCUUGUUAGAAAUGUUUACAGGGAAGAAACCCACUGAUCACAUGUUCAGUGAUGGCUUCAGUCUUCAUUAUUAUGUGAAGACAGCUUUCCCUAAACGUGUUGCAGACAUUGCAGAUUCACUAUUUCUUCGAGGAGGCAAUAUCACUGUUGAAGAAUCUCACAACCUCUCGAGCUUGAGAGCACAGAAAAUUGAAGAGUGCUUGACUUUGAUAUUUGGAAUUGGAAUUGCCUGUUCGGUUGAAUCUCCAACAACCAGAAAGGAUAUCAGUGAUGUUGCAUCUGAAUUGCACUCAAUUAGGGGCAAUCUUCUUGACUAGAACCUUCUAAGUUACAACUGGAUUGUGAAGGCUUUUAUACGUGCUGUAUGCUUUGUCACUACUGCGUCUUGUAUUUUGGUGUGUAACUGUGUUUGAGGCCUUGAGCCCUUA